AUGGACCCCGGCUGUGCUGCUGGGCCUGCAGCUGCCCCUACUCAGAGGACCCAGUCUGCCUUCAGAGAGCAAAGAAACCAAAAACAACAUCUGUUAAAUAGAAAAACAUUUUUUGCAUACAAACAGGAAAGUCGGGCAUUAUCCAGCAGUAAAGACCAGAGCGUGAUGACAUCUGAGGGCCAGGUCCAUGAAAAGACAAAAGUUCUGAAAAUUCAAACAAAAAUGGUUGAUAAAAAAAAUGUUAGUAGAACUAAAGGGAGCAGAAAUAAUAUAAGAGAGGAAAAAAAUUGUGUCCCUUUAAAACCCUCUAAUGAAUCGGUCAGUUCAAGUAUAACAAUUGAUACAUAUGAUUUUGAGGAUAGCAAUCUCACCCUGCAGUUGUUACCAGUUAAAGAUGACCCCCAAUGUCAACAUUUGACAUUAAGCCAAGCUUAUCACCUUAUAAACAAUAAUAAAAAGAAACAAGUGGUGACAGAAAAACCAAAGCAAGAAGCUAAUGUGUCCAAAAAGCCUGUGCUGGAGUCUUAUUGUGGCCAAAUUGCUCAGUCUAAGGUUAAUUCAUUUAGAAAACCUCUACAAGUCAAAGACAAGAGCUCAGCAAAAGCAGAGAAAAGUGCACCUGCUGUCUCCAAAGCCAUGAAGCCUCAGCCUGGGAACACCAACAAGGUCACAGUGAGAGAAGACAGAGCCUCAGACAUAACAGCUGCCCCCAAAUGUGUGAGCACUGCACCUCAGGACAGACAGCUCACACAACCCCCUAUUAGAAGUCACCACAAUACCCAGGAAGCCGUGAAACAAGGCCUCAGGAGAACCUCUGCUGGUAUUCCAAUUCAGAAAGGGCCUCGUAAAAAAGAGUGGCUAAAAUUAAAUGCAGUUUUAUCUGGUAUCAAAACCAGUUCUACUCAGGACGUAAAAAGAAGUAAGACACUGUCAAGAAACAUCAUGUCGGAAAUCAUAGCCAGGCCUGCUUCGUCUUCGAAUACCAAACUGACAGAAAACUCAAAAUCCGCUGACCAGAGCAGACACACUAUCACAAAAGUGACCCUCAAUAUGAGACCGGCUAGGCCCAGAGAGACAGCAGAAGAGUGAAAAGCUCAUCUAAGUGAGUGGAGGGCUGGCAAAGGAAGGUCGACAAGGCCUCCUGCCUCAGGAGUCACCCAGCCUGAGCCCAGAGGGGAGGAUGAAAAGCCAGUUGGGUCUUUCUGGACUACCCUGGCAGAGGAAGAUGAACAAAGAUUAUUUACUGAAAAAGUAAACAAGACAUUCUCUGAAUGCAUAAACCUCAUUAAUAAGGGAUGCUCAAAAGAAGAAAUAUUGGUCACACUGAAUUACCUGAUUAGAAAUAUUCCAGAUGCCAAAAAGCUUGUUAAAUAUUGGAUAUGCCUUGCACGUACUAAACCACUCACAAGUCCUAUUGAAAAUAUUAUUGCAGUCUAUGAGAAUGCCAUUCUGGUAGGAGUUCAGCCUAUUGAAGAAAUGGGACAUGCAAUUGUAGAUAUUCUAACAAUGAGUCAAGAAAAAAUUAAAUUUAGAGAAAAUAGAGGUUUGUUCUUGGAUUCUUGUAAAAUCCAAGAAUUUAACCCGGAAGAUACAGGUAUCAAUGUAGAGUCAGAAAAACUAGACAUGGAAAAUAAACAUCACAGAAAUGUGGUAUUUCAGGACUGUGAAAAAGAGCAAAAUGACAGAACAAAAGAUCCAAGCAAUGAUGUUAAAACCCCCAAUACAGAAAUCAGGGCAAGUUGCCUAAUUAAGUGUAAUGUGUCUACUGUCUUCUGUCCUAGAGAGUAG